GGCGGUAAUGUCUCAAUUUCGUGCAGUUGCACGAAAAGAUUGUGGUAAAAGUUAUAUUUAUACACUCGAAGUACGCUGUUUACGAUUAUCGUCUCGACACUAAAUAUCAGUUACUAGAGACGAAAUUCUCCGUGUUUGAUGUGUGAUUGAAGUAUUAUUAGCUCAUCUCAUGAACCAUGACUAUGGGCACGCAACAACCAGAUUAUGGCAGGCCGGAUUUCGGCAGGCAAGGACAGAAAAAUAAAUUGCAGUUGACGGUAGAAGAAACAAACGCCUGGCAAGAUUGCAUGAAAAGCUCGAGUAUCCUAGCUCCAUCGAUAGUUUGCGCGGCCAUCAGCUACACCACUUUCAGAUUUACCCGAUUUCGCGCACAGGCAAAAUACGCCGCGGCAUUCGGCGCGGUGAUGGGUCUGACAUUGAGCAGAGCGACCGCUUCUCAGAGAUGCUUGUUUAAAGUGGCCUCCAUGCCGAACAGUACGCUGAAAGAUCGUAUAAUGGAGGCGAGAUAUGGAAACAAGCAUAUGAGCGAGAGACAGAUCUUCCAGUCACCAGAUGCGGCAUUUGAGACUCAGGGCUCUGAGCAGCCGCCCACAGAAAUGGUGUUCGACGAUUACCCGCCGAUGAAUUCGUACGACACGUAUAACAGUCUCAACGAUAGCAGCGACAUCCCUAUCUCGGAGGACAUGGAUCUAACAACUGGACCAAUCAAUCUGCAGAAGAAUACCACUUAUGAAGAAUUGAGACACAAUAAUAGAGAGGAAUAUUACAAGAAGACCAGGCAAUAUUACGUUCCUCAAACGGCGGAAAGAUAUCCGACGACCGAGGCGUCCCAACAACAACAACAACAACAACAACAGACUCCUGCGAGCAUACCAAUACAGGGAAAAACCAAAUAUGGCGACGUGUGGGGUUGAGAUCGAGUCAGUUGUUCAAUGUUCCGCUGCUAUUUAGCACGGAUAUCACACAUGUAAAUAUGUAUACGUAGAUCGUAUUUCGUAUUAUACAGAACCAUAUUACACGGCAAGUGAGAGAGUCAAGUUUUGCUGAACACAAAAUAAAAUGUGAACGACGUAUGCGUGCACACACGA